GAGGGUGGAAUCGAAUAAUUAUUUUAUGGAUUUCUCGAGGUCGGGGAACCAUGCGAUUGCGGGAUCGUUUAAGUUGGGCGACGCGUGGUAACCCGGGAGGCGAGAUCGAGUGAAUGGCACGUUAUGGUUGCCAUGCCAUUAUCGAUUCCGAGGGUGCAGGGCGUGGGUUCGCUGGCUAUAUCUGGCGCCGUGCGGCUUCUCUGAAUUAGUCUCGGUCGGACGUGUCAAACGUCGCCUGCCCGUGCCUCCGUCCACUGAUGAUCCCGAGGAGAAGCGGUUUUCGCACUGAUCGCCAAGAAAAACUGUGCUGGCGAUAUGUCAAGAGCCGGUCGUUAUGCGAAUCGCUACCGGCAAGAUUUCACGUUGCUGCUCUCUACAAGACACCCUUGUGCCACCGGAAAGGAGAAGUCACAGGAGGGUGCAUGGGCUCCAGCUGCCGCUACAUCCCCAACAAGUGGUCGGCUGGUUUGUCCUGUGUGGUGUUGCAGCAGGCACUUAUGCAGUGCUGAUACCAUUGCUCAGUCCAUGUCUUCGGAAGCCUUUGUCCUGCGUGGUAACAAUUAUCCUUGUGGUUCAUUUGGCGUCGCAUUUGACGGCGCUCCUGUUGGAUCCGGCAGAUCCACGAGUCAGAGCCCGACCAGCCGUGGAUAUCGUGCCAGAGUUCGAUCGUACCAAGCACACUCAUGUUAUCGAGAACGGCCGGUGUCACCUGUGUAAUAUAACGAUCGAUAGUAAGAGGACCAAACAUUGCUCGGUCUGCAACAAGUGCAUACCAGGCUUCGAUCACCAUUGCAAGUGGCUUAACAAUUGUGUGGGUCACAGGAAUUAUUCCGCUUUCUUGGCUUGUUUGAGUUCAGCAUCGAUUGCUGCGAUAAUAGUGGUCGGGAUAUCUAUUGCAGAACUUGCUGUAACAGGAAUACAGUCGGGAUCUGCGGCGACGUUUAAUGCUACGAUGGAAAAUAUUACUCUGCCAAUGAUACCACUGCCAGGUACUGGGUCACUGAUCGUGAUCUCGGUCUUGGGAGUGCUUUCUGCUAUUGCUGCAAUUUUACUGGUUCAUCUUUGCUUUUUCCAUGGGUACAUUGCUUGUUUGGGAUUGACGACAUAUGAAUAUGUGCGCAAAAAGAGAGAGAAAGAAACACUGAAUGCAGUGGCCAUCACUAGAGACGGUGCUGGUACUACCUGCUCGUCUUUUCAUAAAGACAAAGAUGAUCUACCUGUGCGAUAUCGUUUCUGCGAGUCUGCUCCCUCUGACGAGCAUACCAAAGUAGAAAUGAGAAAUGUCUACAUUUGCUCGACGCAUGGCAGACGAACCGAUGAAAACAAUAAAAAUGACGAGGGUGGGAGGGACAGAAGAAACUUUCGCUUAUAUUUUUCGUACGAAUCACGUGCCAACGAGACUUCUAUAGAGUUGUCAUCACAAACUAUUAUCGGAGAAGUUGAACACACACAUGAGACUGUGGAAUUUAAGCCAUCGACGCCAUCGCCAGUUUCUUGUUGCUUCUCUAUCGUUGGUCCAUCUUCCACGAGUAUCCAGGAUAAACAUGCUAAACGACGAAAACGGUGCACUGUGGAAGGAGAAAAUGAAAAGAGUACGGCAAAGUCAUGCAAUACAAUGAAGAGAAUACGGACAUUCCUUCGAUUGAGGCUAAGAAAAAAUGCGCGCCAGCGUUCAUUGGGCAUCGAUGCUAAUCGAGCUCGGAAAAACAAAGUAAACCCGACUACCAGUGAUGAGAGCAUAAAAGAUACUAAGGAUGAACCUUUGCAAUGCGUGUCAGUUGACACAACAGAAGAGUCUCUGGUGCGCCUCAAAGCUCCACCGAAGCUGCCACCUCUAUCUUUACCACCUCGGCAGCAUUCUAAACAAGUUGGUGAAGAAGGAUCCAACUCAUCAUAUCCUUUCCCUGGUUCUAUGGUUCCCAAACGUAGUCAACCACCACUGCGAGUAAGAAGAACCUCGUUUCGAAAACGACCCAGGUUUAAAGUUGGCUCUCACAUCACACAGUCUGCUCAGCUGUCUCCAAUUCCAGAAUCGGAGCUGUCUAAACCAGCCUCGCCACGUUCUCCGCCUCGGUUGAACCACUUUGCGUUUCCACCUUCGCAAGACUGAUGUACAGUAGCAAAGCAUGAGUCAGAUGUAGGCACUCGUAUUUUGUUCUGUUUCUUACUUACUCGUUUAGAUCGGCCACUGGACCAUACUCGGUUGCGUUAUAUUUUUCAUGGUGGUCCACACUUCGUAUACGUGAAUUAAUCUACAUGGUAUAGGAGUCGUUUAAUAUUUGUUCAACUUUAAACGUCGACUAUAAAUAUAGACACUAGUUAUCUUCGUACAGUAAACAAUUUAGUAGAUUGUUAUAAUUUAUUCAGCUACUUGUAUAAUUUAAGAGCAACAGUUGGAAAACGAAGCUUUAAGUGCACACCAUUGUCGAGAGUACUUUAUAAAUGUCAAUAAUUCCAUGGCAUGUUUUUCUAUAAUUUAUAUUUUUAAAAAGUGUUCUUCUUAUGGUGCAGAGGAAUAUGAAUGGCUGAUUCAAUGGUUUCUGUUUCAUUAGACAGAAAUGCUUUGUUGAAUAUUCCAAGGUGCUACAGAAUGCCAAAUCGAAUGAAAUGGUUGUUAAGUUAUUGUCUGAAUUAAUUAUGAGAUCCAACUCUCACACCGUCCAGUGCAAAUUUGCCCAGGGCAUUGCAGCGUUGUAUGGUCUUUCUAAUCGAUAAGAUUAACAAUGGUUCUUGCAACUGAAUUUAAAUCUUCGAUAUACCACUUUUGAGAUCUCGAAAACAUUAUGUUUCCAAUCUUAUUGUUACCUAUAGUGAGAGGUUAGAAAUAUUUACGUAAUUAGACUAGAGUAAGAACUACUUUAAUAUUUUCAGUAUUAUGUGCGUUACCUGCAUUAACGAAAUAUCUAGUCAAGAUAGAUUUGUGUUCGCGACCUUGCUCUAACUUUCGGAGGAGGCGAUUCCUUUACGAUUUUGUACGGUAAAAAUUGAAAGUAGCAAGUAACCGCGUAGGUUAGGAGAAAUUACUUUUCGGAGUCUCGAUUUCAAUGCGUACGUUAUCUAAAAUUAACGCGUCCAGUUAAAAAAAAGACUUGCCUCUGAUGUUUCAUUCCGUUUUUUAUGGAAAGCGACUAUAGCCCUGAUUUUUUGAUAAGGGCGAUUCUUUGCUCGCCGUGCACGAUUUGUGAUUCACCGCGUGCAACCUGGAAUGUGCGACGUUCCAGUUAUCGUUACAAAGUGAUACGUACUAUUUCUCAUAAUUUUAUAUGUACAUAUACAUAUAUAUAUAAAUAUAUAUUCGUAAUUGAUUUUUUGAGCGAUGAAAAAAUGAAUCCAACGAGACUAAUGUAACGUGUUUUCGUGAAACCACGCAAUA